CGCCAACCUGACCCUCCUUAAGCUGUUCAAAUUUGUUUUACUGUUCUGCUUCUAUUACUGUCAUAACCUCUGAAUGCACUAACUGCAAAACAAACUAUAUCAUGUUUGUUUGCAAUGUGUGUACAUGGAAGUCACACCAUUUUAGCAGGGUAUUUCUUGGAACUGGCCACCGUUUUUGUUGUUGUUGUCGAGGGCCAGGGAUUACUAGCCAUUAAAUUUGAGGGCCAGGGAUUACUAGUCAUUAAAUUUGAUUCCUUUGCGUGAUAAAUCUUGUUUGAGACAAAUUACUUUGUGGUAUUCCAAAGAAGAAAAAAGAAAAAAGAAGAAGCAGAAUUGAAACGUGCUUGAAUUCUGCUGUUGAAUUAUCAACCCUGGGUAGACAAUCCUACAGUGUGAACAGAGCUUCACUAUAUUUUGGAGUCCACCCCAUAUAAUGUCUGACCAAAAUCCUUACUUAUCUCCCCCUUCUUUUUCAUGGCUGUGCAGUGACACACCCCUUUUUAGGAUUUCCUUCUAAUUCACAGGAACAACUCCUUCCUGAUGAUAGGCUACUCUGUGUAUUUCCUGUAUGCGUCCAGCAUACCUUAGCUGUACUAGGUAUUGGAAAUAAAUGAAAAUGUCAUUUCCUAAUCCGGGUUGGAAAUUGCUGCAGUAAAUGUUGAGUUGUACUGUUGGGAAAGCGUGAAGCAGCACUAUGGAACCCCAUGAAUGUGCAACCAGGCAGGCUGAGGUUAGGUUUGAGGUUCCGCCGGACGGCGUCCAACCAACUCUGAGUCCAGAGGACGUCACAUGCUCAGUUGAAGGCGCUGCCGCUGCUGCCACCACUGCCAGCGCUGCCACCGCUGCCACUUCUGCCACCGCUGCCGCUGCCACUUCUGCCACCGACCGGACCACCGACGGGACAACCGCCGCCAUGAGCCGCUCACGGGGUACCAGCCUCAAGCGGCAGUUUUACCAGAUGGGCCAGGUGCACGGGGACAUCAUGAGCUUCGGCUCGCUGGAGGACUUCUUCCGGGAGCGGGGGAACACCAUCGACCACGCCGGCUGGUCCCUGCAUCACCUGCGGCAGAAGUUCCAGGCCAUGGACAUUGAGGAUUUAUACGACAAGUACUGCGCCCAGAUGCGCCAGUCGCUGGUCGGCGUCAUGUGUGUGCUGGGGAUCCUGUACGGGAUAUCGCUCAUUGUGCUGUUUUUCCUUUACGAACAGGAAGCUCCCCAGGGUUGGCACCGUGCCAUCACACUCUUCGUCACCACCCUCGUCUUUGUCUGCCUGGCCGUCUGCUCCUACUCCGACACCAUCUUCCACAGGUUUUCCCGCCUCAUCUCGGUCCUCGUCUGGCUGAACCUACUCCUCUUCCUCUAUCUCCUGGUCUCCUUCCACACCCUGUACCUCCCGGCUAACGAGGUCGGGCUGGUGAUCCUGGUGGUGGUGGCCGUCUACACCACCCUGCCCUUGCCCCGGCUCUACGCGGUGACCGCCGGCGUGCUCACGUGUCUUCCACAUGUCGUCGUCCUGGGGGUGCUCUCGCAAGCCAAUUCCACAGACACUUUAUUUCAGGUUUUAGCCAACGUAGUUCUGUUCAUUGGUGUGAACGUAGUGGGCAUGUAUCAUAUACAACUCUUAGACAUUGCCCAGCGCCGAAAGUUCCUCGACACGAGGAGUUGUAUAGAGUCCAGAGUCAAGCUAGAGCACCAGCAGGCACAGCAGGAGAGGCUACUCCUGUCAGUGCUUCCUGCACAUCUCGCCGCAGAGAUGAAAACGGAAAUGAUGGAGCGAGUCCGGGACCCCACCCAGACACGAACACAAGGAGCAGGCAUGCAGAAAAACAGCACCACGCACUUCCACAAUCUCUACGUCAAACGUCAUAAAAACGUCAGCAUUCUGUACGCAGACAUUGUUGGCUUCACCGCGCUGGCCAGUGAAUGCUCGCCAGCCGAGCUAGUCAAGACGCUGAACGAACUCUUCGGCAGAUUUGACAGUUUAGCUGAGCAAUAUGAUUGUAUGCGGAUCAAGAUUCUCGGGGACUGUUACUACUGCGUGUCGGGCCUGCCCAUCUCCAGACCGACUCACGCCUGCAACUGUGUGGAGAUGGGCCUGUGUAUGUGUGAAGCCAUCAAAACGGUCAAGGAAGCCACUGGCGUCAAUGUCAACAUGAGAGUCGGGGUGCACACCGGCAACGUGCUCUGCGGCGUACUCGGACUCAAGAAAUGGCAGUACGAUGUCUGGUCACAUGACGUCAAUCUAGCCAAUCACAUGGAGAGCUGCGGCGAACCGGGAAGAGUUCACAUCACCCAGGCAACGCUAGAUAAUCUGAACGGCAAGUAUGACGUGGAACCGGCCCACGGCCAGCAACGCAGCGACUACCUGAGCGAACAGAACAUAGAAACAUUCUUCAUUGUUGACCCAAAGUCCAGGAAAGAGGACAUCCUCGACUCGGAGAACAACGUCCAGGAAGGUAGAGGGCGUCCUUCCAAGAAAAUCGCGCACUACUUGGAGAGCUGGGGUGCGGACAAGCCGUUUGCAAACCUUGAGAAGGUCCAGUUGCCCAAGACUGUCGGUGUAACGGGUAUCUAUGCAGUCAACAGCUGUUUGUUUCCGUUUACUCCACUCGACCAUAGCACAAGAAUGAAGAAGCAGUCAGUUGUAUACGACCGACGGGUGAAUGAGAGGAUGUUGCAAGCCAUCGAGUCCAUCAACACAGAGAAGCCUUGGUCACGGUCCGACGAUUUCCACCGAGGAACCAUGUUCUUCCGCAAAGCGAGCUUCGAGAAGAAGUUUGCCUGUUCACGGGACCCGUCCUUCAAGUAUUACAUGGCCUGUGUGGUUUUGACCUUCCUGGUUAUUCUAAUAUGUGAGUUGCUAACCCAACCACGUGGUAUACUGAUGCUGGUCGCCUUCAGUGUUGCCUUUAUGGUGCUUCUCUUUGUGCUGUUCAUCGGCAUGGCUGAACAAGUUAAGUGUGUUCGCAAGCUCGCCAUUGGCUGGCUGGCUAAGCUGGUCACGAGACGAAGCUGGAUGCGGAUGAUUCUAUCCUUCCUGACUAUGGCUGUCCUGUACACCGUCUCCGUUAUCAGUGUGUCAGUGUGUGAGACACAGCCUGGCUCUCUCACAGUGUCCACCGUCUACGACUACGAGUCGGCGCUCUCGGUAUCUGACGGUACCGGUAACCUAACCGACACGGGCCAGUUUGCUUGCAAAGCCCCCGCUUACCUUGCCAGGAGUUGUCUCCUAGCCAUGCUCGGCUGCGUCAUGUUCCUCCAACUAGGCUACUGCAUCAAACUCCUCAUGAUGCUGAUUGGCUUCGGUGCGUAUUGUCUCAUCUUCAACUACACCCAUGCAGUCGUCUUCGACAACUGGGAUAAUGCUGUCUACGUCAGUCAAGGUGUCAUCGGUAACAUAGCGCACAUACCACUUCGCGUCAUGGCAACCGUGGAACUACUCCUUAUGUUGUUCACUCUCUUCCUGGUGACCAGACAGAAUGAAUAUUUAUCGAGGCAAGGCUUCCUGUGGCAGAUGAAAUUCAAAGUCGAGAGGGAGGAAGUCGAGACGAUGGAAUCCCUCAACAAGGUGCUGCUAGAGAACAUGCUGCCGGCUCACGUCGCUCAACACUUCAUGAAACAGAGGAUGAAAUCGGACGAGUUAUACCAUCAGUUUUACAACGUUGUCGCCGUCAUGUUUGCAUCCAUACCCAACUUCAAGGAGUUCUACACGGAGAGCGACGUGAACAACGAGGGCCUGGAGUGCCUGCGACUACUCAACGAGAUCAUCGCUGAUUUUGAUGAGUUACUAUCCAAGCCCAAGUAUUGCUGUAUAGAGAAGAUUAAGACCAUUGGCAGCACCUACAUGGCAGCGGCAGGCCUGCAGCAACAUGAGAGCAGCGGCACAUCCAAGCAGUCGCUGUACUACGUUGGGGUGCUGACCGAGUUUGCUAUGGCGCUGCAAGACAAGCUAGAGUAUCUGAACGGACAGGCAUUCAACGACUUCAAACUCAGAAUAGGAAUCAACCACGGUUCGGUAGUGGCGGGCGUCAUUGGUGCUCAGAAACCACAGUAUGAUAUAUGGGGCAACACGGUCAACGUAGCCAGCAGGAUGGACACAACGGGACUGAUAGGGGAGAUACAGGUGACCGAGCCAACAGCCAUGGUCCUGAUGGAGUUUGGCUAUUUCUGCGAGAGCAGGGGGUACGUGUCCGUCAAGGGGAAGGGCAAACUCAAGACGUAUCUCGUCAAGCGAGUCACGCGAUCCAUCUCCCAGUCAACCAAUCUGAGCUCGGCGUACUCGUGACCAAAUCCACGAUAGGCAUUUCUCCUUAGCACAGUGUCAAAAUAUGUAUAAAAUCAUGUGAUCCGCAACUCAACAACAUGUGUCUUAAGUCAUCUGAGCUACAAUUUAGUUACAAGACCUUAACAAAAAAUCUCCCUCUUGAGGUAUCAAUUAGUAAUUGUCAACGUUUUCACGUCCAAAUGUCCAGAUUCAUCAGAAUGUCAACAUUUUAAAUAGUGAUAUAUCAAACCGAAGAACUGAAUUUGCUUUUUUUUAACUGCCUUGGAAAAAGAAGAACUGUUUCUUGAAGUCUCAUUUUAUAAUCUGGUCACAUAUGUUAGUUUUGUGUCAGUAUUAAAGCGAAGAGCCGAAAUUCGUGUAGAAGGUUAACUUAAAAUAAACAAUGUUGAAGAACUCUCAAUGUCGUUGGUUAUCAUGAAGGGUUAGAAAUUUGGACAUGGACCUUUCAAUCCUCUUUAAUUGUCAGUUUGAAUCACCACUAACAUUUUUCAGCACAGCAAAUACACGCUUUGUAAUACCGAUAAUUUUGAACAGACAUGUUGAACAAUCUGAGCUACUUUUUUUGGAAAGACUAAAAGUGGUGAGCACAGGGAAAAUUCGGUAAGCAGGAAUUGGCUACCCGGUAUGUACUUCAUGUGACAGGUUCUAAUCAUUUUUGAUUACCAGGUUUAUGUGGUAAGCAACAUUUUAUGAACAUGAGAUUGGGUCCCUGUAACUCCUGAGCAGUUGCAGUGACUGGUUUUAAAAGAUUUUCUCAUUUUUGUGGACAGUUUUGGCUUUCAUAGAAAUAUCAAGUCUGAAAAAUCCAGCGUCAAUUCCAUUUUGCUGUCAAGCGUUGAAUUUUGCUUAACGCUGGAAAUAUCUACUUAGCAAAAUAUUGGGUUACCAACCAAAAAGUCAUGUGAUAUAAUAUAUUGGUGAGGACCAGUUCGCGUUUGAAUUUGCUAAUCACUGUUUACUUCAGUCAGGCCAAGUUUCUGUGUUGUAGUUGAGGUUUGAAGCACAGAGCAAACAAACACCGUGCGGACUUAAAAAAAGUGCAAUGUAUACGUACUCUAAAUGUAUACACGUCGACGUUUAUUUUUCGAGUAUAACUGUGUCGUCUGUAAACAAUUUAAAUUUGGUCAGGUGGGGACAGGGAUUUUUAACCACAAUAUUUUCUAAUGUGAGAGCCAACAAAACUUUAGAAAUUGUGAGACUAUUAUAACUACUAUUGUUGUUUCAAGGAAAAUAGCAUCUUUUUCAGCACUGUCACUUGCAGCAUUUUAACUUAAUCUACUAACUUAAUCUUGGCUAUUCAACAUUUUUGGCACUACAGUGCAGUACUUUUGAAAUGCACGCCGGUUACCUGUCAUCACUGCCGAUGUGUCACUGCACAACCAAAGCAGGGAGGGUACCGGUGACAGUUAAUAUUCAUAAUGUAAUGCAUCAGUUGCUGCUUAGUGAGUCGAUAAAACUGCCACAAGAUUGUUUCUUUGUAAUCGACUUUUCCUCAAAAAGGUUGUACAUUUUAAGUUUUCAAACGAUUUCAAGUGCCUUGCUUUAAAAACAAGCUGAAUUUAAAGCCUAAAUAUGAACAGGAUUGAAUGAAGUCAGCAGGAAAAAAAAAUCAUCUACCAACUAUUUUUUAUUUGUACAUGUA